AUGGUAACCAACCAUUUUCGCAGAUAUACUUACAAGGAGUUGCAGAGAGCAACUCAAAAGUUCAAGGAUCAAAUUGGAUGUGGGGCAUCUGGUCUUGUAUACAAGGGAGUCUUGAAAGACAAGAGGGCCGUAGCAGUGAAAACUUUGGCAGACAUACACCAAGGGGAAGAAGAAUUCCAGCAUGAACUGAGUGUGAUUGGAAGGAUUUACCAUAUGAAUUUGGUGAGGGUUUGGGGAUUCUGUUCUGAUGGACCACACAGAAUAUUGGUUUUGGAGUACGUUGAGAAUGGUUCUUUGGAUAAAACCUUGUUUAGUAGUGAAAGGUUACUUGGAUGGAGUGAAAGAUUUAAGAUUGCUCUAGGGGUGGCAAGAGGAUUGGCCUAUCUUCAUCAUGAGUGCUUGGAGUGGGUUAUCCACUGUGACAUCAAGCCUGAAAAUAUAUUGUUGGAUGAUAACUUGGAGCCAAAGAUCAGCGACUUUGGCCUUGCAAAACUUGUGAACAGAAGUGGAUCCAAUAAAAAUGUAUCAAGGAUUCAUGGAACUAGAGGUUAUAUUGCUCCCGAGUGGGUUUCUAGCCAGCCAAUAACAUCAAAGGUUGACAUCUACAGCUUCGGAGUGGUUCUCCUAGAACUACUCAUGGGGGCUCGUGUUUCAGACUGGGCAUCAAAUGCCGGCGAGGAAGUGGAAAUGGUCCUUGGAACGGUUGUUAGGAUGCUUACAAAAAAUAUGAUGCUGGAGGGAAGCCAACACUUGUGGCUUCCUGACUUCAUUGACUUGAGGUUGAAUGGCCAGUUCGAUAGACUGCAAGCAAGAACGAUGGUCAAGUUGGCUGUCUCAUGCCUAGAAGAAGACAGUAGAAAAAGGCCCACCAUGGAAAAUCUUGUACAGAUGCUUGUGUCGGUUGAUGAAGCUAGUGGCACAAUGCAGUAG